AUGCCACAAGACUUGGAAAAGCAUAUUUUGAAUAAAGGAGAAUUCGUGUGGAGAUCAUGCAAUAAUUUGAUAGUUCUGCGACGCAAGGAUAAGCGCGACGUUUAUAUGCUCUCCACAAAACACAAAACUAUAGAGAUUGUCGAGCAAUCAAACAAACAAUUACAGAAAGUAAUGAGGCCGAAAUAUAUCGUGGAAUAUAACAAGGGUAUGGGUGCAGUUGAUCAUCAAGAUCAGAUGUUAGCCUGUUUCCCAAUAAUGAGAAAAGUCAUGAAAGGAUACCGAAAGCUUUUCUUUUACAUAUCAGAUAUGGCUCUGUUCAAUACCUAUAUUAUGCAGAAAACAAUUUACAGUCAAAAACGGGAGACUUAUGUUGAUUACCGUGAAAAUAUAGCGGAGGCAAUUUUACAAAUUGUUAAAUUACCGGACUACAAAAUGCGUGGGAAAUCAUCAGUUGGAACACCUCUUCGACUCCAAGCUCAAUAUUGGGCUCAUUUCUCCAAAAAUAUAGAUCCGACAGCUCGGAAUAAGCAUCCAACAAGGACGUGUAAAGUCUGCUGUAAACAUAAAAUUCGAAGCGCAACGAAGUGGGAAUGCGCGAAAUGUAAAGUGGCUUUACAUCUGCCAGAAUGUUUUAAGAGCUAUCAUACCAUAGAGGAUUUGUAG